AUGACGCCGGUAGCCUCGGUCCCGCGAUCCCGUGAUCCUCACACAAGACAGCCUCACUACCAGACCGCGUUCGUGCAAACGAGCUUCGAAAUCGACACACACCACGUGUGCGGCGACACAGCCUGGUCCUUCCGCCUCAUCGCGUUCGAGGUCUCAGUCGCACAGAUAUACGUGAUCCGCAGCGACGAGCCCCGGGAUGGACGGUGUAUGCACGACAUGCGGGACAACCCCAAACGCCACGACGGAGGGAGUAUGGGGUGGGAAGAUGCGGGCAGCGAUGCGGGUUGUGUGGUGACAUUUCGUAGCCGAUGA